AUGAACUACUGUAAAGAAUGCGGGAGAGGCUUCACCACUUCAAAGGACUUCAAACAAUAUGAACUCCUUCACAGUGGCGUUAAAAAGCAUGUCUGCGAUCAGUGUGGGUCAUCCUUCAUCAGUGCACCAAUUCAUAGCUUGAACACAGCAGAGCUUGAUAUAAAGACCUGGGUGACAACUAACUGUAUGCUGCUCAUUAUACUUGGCCCUAAAAUACCUAGAAAUAUGGUAUCUAACCAGAUACUUGCUCUGGAUGGCAUUACCUUGGCCUCCAAUCGUACAAUGCUUGAUAAUACUCUUUCAUUCCAGUCUCACAUUAAUUACAUAACCCGGUCUGCUUACUUCCAUUUACGUAAUAUUAACCGACUCCGUCCCUUCCUUACCCCUCAUGCUGCUGCCAUCCUUGUUCAUAGUCUUAUUACAUCCCGUAUUGAUUACUGUAAUUCCCUCCUAUUUGGAUCAAAUAAUAGAAACAUAGUCCUUCAAUUAAUCCAAAAUGCUGCAGCAAGAGUACUGACAGGGACUAGAAAGAGAGAGCAUAUUUCUCCUGUUUUGGCUUCCCUUCAUUGGCUUCCUGUAAAAUCCAGAAUUGAAUUCAAAAUCCUGCUCCUCACAUACAAGGUCUUAAAUAAUCAGGCCCCAUCUUAUCUUAAUGACCUUGUAGUACCAUAUCACCCUAUUAGAGCACUUUGCUCUCGCUCUGCAGGCUUACUUGUUGUUCCUAGGGUAUUUAAAAGUAGAAUGGGAGGCAGAGCCUUCAGUUUUCAGGCCCCUCUUCUGUGGAACCAGCUUCCAGUUUGGAUUCGGGAGACAGACACUAUCUCUACUUUCAAGAUUAGGCUUAAAACUUUCCUUUUUGUUAAAGCAUAUAGUUAG